AGGGUUUGGGCGGGUAUAAAUACUACGUUGGCAAAUGCGUUCAGUCUCUCCCUGUCAAGUCUUCGAGCUAAGCAACAAGGGCUGUAGUAGCUGUACUUGUGAGGUUUUUUCAAGUUUUUUUUUCAGUGAUUCGUGAAAAGCAUCAUGGCACCAAAGAAGGGAUUACUUCAACGGCUUGACGAGGGAGUCGUGAUUGGCGAUGGAGGCUUCGUCUUCGCCCUCGAGAAGAGGGGGUACGUCAAGGCCGGGCCCUGGACCCCAGAAGCUUCCGUGGAAUACCCUGAUGCCGUUCGCGGACUCCACCGGGAGUUCCUAAGGGCGGGAUCCGAUGUCAUGCAGGCCUUCACCUUCUAUGCUUCGGAUGACAAGCUUUCCAACAGAGGAAACGAAUCGAGCCAAAAAUACACAUGCCGUGGAAUCAACGACGCUGCCUGCAGAAUUGCAAGAGAAGUAGCUAACGAAGGCGAUGCUCUGGUUGCUGGAGGACUGUCACAGACCCCUACGUAUCUUUCAGGUCUUGGCAAGGAGAAUACACAGAAAGAAUUCCAGAGGCAGGUUGAUGUAUUUGUUGAAAACAAAGUGGAUUUCCUCAUUGCAGAGUACUUCGAGCAUGUUGAGGAAAUGGAAUGGGCCAUUGAAGUCUGUCUGCGAUCUGGUUUGCCUGUGGUAGCCUCUAUGUGUAUCGGACCUAAGGGAGAUCUUCAUGGCAAAUCCGCUGGAGAGUGCGCUGUCAGGAUGGCUAAAGCUGGUGCUCAUGUUGUUGGAAUCAACUGCCACUUCGACCCCUUCGUCACUCUUGAAGGCCUGCGAAAAAUGAAGGCUGCCCUGGAUGCUGAAGGACUCAAGGUUCACUUAAUCUCCCAGCCUUUGGCCUACCACACUCCAGAUGCUCAUAAACAGGGUUUCAUCGAUCUGCCUGAAUUCCCAUUUGCAUUGGAGCCCCGAAUCUGCACCCGAUGGGACAUGCACAAGUAUGCACGUGAAGCCUACGAACUGGGAGUACGAUACAUUGGAGGCUGCUGUGGCUUCGAAGCUUACCAUAUUCGUGCAGUAGCUGAGGAACUAUCCAAGGAGAGGGGCAGAUUACCAAAGGCUUCUGAAAAACAUGACAUGUGGGCUGGUGGAUUGAAAAUGCACACCAAGCCUUGGGUGCGAUCUAGGGCUGGACGAGAAUACUGGGAGAACAUCCAGCCUUCUUCAGGCCGACCUUUCUGUUCAUCGAUGUCUCAACCAGACAACUGGGGUGUCACAGCUGGGCACGACAGUCUUAAACAGAAGACAGGAGAGACCUCUGAAGAUGAAAUAGCCUUACUGAAGGCCAAGAGGCAGAAACAGAGCAGCGCUGCUAGCAACGGAAGAGUCGCAUAAAUAUAGCUUGUUUGAUUAGUCUGGAGAAUGCAUGGCAAUGAUGAAGUGAGAGUUUCACUUUGUAUUCAUAUUGCUUGUCUGUCUGACUGUCUGGGAUGCAUCUUUUUUUUAAAUCAAAACCGUAGUAUUGUUGGGUGUCAGAUGUUUUGUGUUACUUUUGAAUCUAUUUGUAAAUGCUGUCCUUGUUGGCUGACUAUGAAAAACAGUUACCUAAAUGAAGAGAAAUGAAACAGUAAGUGAAAGUAUGCCAGUGAGAAGGAAAGUCAGUUGUAAGUAAAGUCCUGGUCUGUGACAAGUAACAGCUUCAAUUUAUCAGAGAUAAUUUUCAAAAAUUAGUAUGCUUUUAUCCUUUCAAAAGUUUCAUAUGAGAGUUGGAAUAAAUAAAAGUUUUUGGUAUAGCAAUAUGCAUUCAAACAUAUCUGUCACAUUCCAGGGCCAUUUUAGAACUGGUCAUUUCCUGUUUAGUAAUAAUUAAAUCUAUUUUAUAAUGCAAUCUUAGUGCUUAUUUUUGUACAACAGUUCUGGUACAUAAAGAGAUUCACUGUAUUCCGGUAUGAAGUGGCACGGAUGAUUUUUAAUAAAAUAUUUUGUCAA